AUGUCUUUAGAUGAAAUUUCUAUUAAAAGAAAAGAACGAUUAAAUGAAUUAAAAAAAAUAAAGAUAUCAUCUGAUUUAAAGACUAAUGGUGUAAAAGACGUAUCGAAUAAUAAUGAGUAUCCUGAUUUUGAUGAUAGAAAAUCAUGUUUGUCUAAAUUACCUCUUUCGUUUCGUAAUUAUGAUCCUGAACUACGUAGACCUCGUAUAGGUUUUGAGAAUUCUAUUCUAGAAAGAAAUGAAACAGUUGAACAUGAAGCUCAAAAAUUAGAAGAAAAUGUUGAUUAUGAUUUAAAAAAUAUUGAAUUUGGUUAUAAUGAACUCGAUAUUUCUGGACUAACGCCUAAAGAAGUGAACAGUGAUUUAAAAAGAUUGAUGCAAAUGAAAAUAGAUAAUCUAAAGGGAAGAACUGAAAUUGCAAUUUCUAAGUUGAUUCGUGAGCGACUUUUAAUGAAAAGUAACGUAACUGAACAUGAUUGUAAAUAA